UACAGUAAAUACUAUGAGCUCUGUCUCCUUCCUUUGCGCUGCAGCAUUGCGAUCAAUCAAGGAAAGAUAAUCAAGUCAAAGCCGCGAGCGUGCCAUAAAACCGCUUGUUGGACCUGAGAUUUCCUACUGCCAACAUUCUCUCCGCCGAGAUCGGAUCUCUCCGGUGUUACAGAGGACAUCUGUGUCAAAGGGGAACCUGGGCAAGCUGAGAGAGACAGAGGGGGUUUGUCGGCCCACUGCAGUCUGAAUCACCAGAGUCUCUCCCCGCCGCUGGUUCAGCCAUCGACGUCGUUUAUCCACCGACGAGCGCAUCCUCUGCAGAAAUCAAAGAGAAGGAAGGGUUGGGAGCCGAGGCCGUGUUUGAACCUCUGCCGCAGCCCGAGACGAGCUGCUUGGCAGGGCAUGCUAAAUAAUGAGCCAAAGGGACACACUGGUUCAUUUGUUUGCUGGAGGAUGUGGUGGUACGGUUGGUGCUAUUUUGACCUGUCCUCUUGAAGUGGUAAAGACCAGACUACAGUCUUCUUCCAUCACCCUGUACAUCUCUGAAGUCCAGCUCAGCACUGUCAAUGGGGCCAGCGUUGCGCGUGUUGCACCACCAGGGCCUCUGCACUGUCUCAAGUUAAUUAUAGAGAGGGAGGGACCCCGCUCACUCUUCAGAGGACUGGGUCCAAACCUUGUAGGCGUGGCACCUUCCAGAGCGAUCUACUUUGCGGCGUAUUCAACAGCCAAGGAGAAGCUGAAUGGAGUGCUGGAGCCAGACUCCACCCAGGUGCACAUGGUGUCUGCUGGGCUGGCAGGGUUCACCGCGAUCACGGCCACCAAUCCCAUCUGGCUGAUCAAGACCCGCCUGCAGCUGGACGCCAGGAACCGAGGAGAGAGGCGUAUGAAUGCCUUUGAGUGCGUGCGGCGGGUGUACCAGAUGGACGGCCUGCGAGGUUUCUACAGAGGCAUGUCAGCCUCCUAUGCUGGCAUCUCUGAGACCGUUAUCCAUUUUGUCAUCUACGAAAGCAUCAAACGCAAACUGCUGGAGUCCAAGGCCCACGCCAGCAUGGACGAUGAGGAGGAGAGCGUCAAGGACGCCUCAGACUUUGUGGGCAUGAUGCUCGCGGCGGCCACCUCCAAGACGUGCGCCACCUCCAUCGCCUACCCUCAUGAGGUGAUCCGCACGCGGCUACGAGAAGAAGGGAGCAAGUACCGCUCCUUCUUCCAGACUCUGUUGACAGUGCCCAAGGAGGAGGGAUACCGGGCGCUUUACCGCGGCCUCACCACCCACCUCGUUAGACAGAUCCCCAACACUGCCAUCAUGAUGUGCACCUACGAGGUGGUGGUCUACCUGCUCGGCCGUUAGCCCGCCGGGAACUUCUCCUUUCUCUUUGAUGAAGGAGACGGUUGGCAAAUGACUGAGAAGGAUGCCCGCUGGCUUGGAGCAAUGGGUAUGAAAAGUCAAAAUGAAGACCAAAGGAAAACCCCAAGAUACUAUGAUAGUGGACCAGAAUACGACAAAUGGACAAAAACAAACAAACAAAAAAAAAAAAGAUGAAGGAGUGACAGCUUUUUGGUACCAUAUCAGCACCACGCCCUACAGUUCACUUUGUCGGGCUGCGGGACAGAAAUAAGAGGUUGCCACAUUUCACAGAAGGGGUCAUGUGCCUGGAGGAAGGAACAAAAGUGUAAGACUUUAAGCAAUGACCUUAACAGAGGGGGGUGAGUUAGCAUCAUUGGCUUAAAGUUUAGAAUGAAAAAGAACUGAUUUUACCCUUUUAUCAAUACUGUGGGAGGAGAAUGCUUGUAGGCAACUGAACUUGAGUACAGAUGAAAAUUAAACGUGGGUCAAUUUUAAUAAUCGGAUACUCUCUACCUGGCACUGUUGUCAGUAUUAGCCCGCACAUGCUUCAGUGCUGUGAGACUACUGCACGUUUGUACUGACUAGAAGUUUAAAAAAAAUGUUCUUUUAACGUGGAACGUCGGAAGGAAGUUGCAUUUUUAGGACUUUUUAAGUCACCACCCACCUUUGCACUACAAAAAGAGUGUCCUGAAGCAUUCUCCUCUGAGCACCGCAGGCGGCGGCCUGAAGCUCGGCAGUGAACUCUCCGGCCAAAUACAAUGAAACACAGCAAAUGAACUUGAUGAUCGGUCACUCAAGCACACGCCCCAGACACUAGCCACUGUUCAUUACAUUAAAAAAAAAAAAAAAAACCUAACCAUAUUCCUCCGGCGACGUGGUUAGGCUGAAGUCGGCCUUUAGUGUUUGAUGACACUGUUAAAACUGAAGAUGUGAAUCUAAGAUGUGAAGUGUGUGACUGUCCAAAAGGUACCAAGUAUCUUCUAACAGAGCGAUGCUACUUGAAUAUAACGCACGGGAGAGUGUUGGAGUGGGAGAAGAUUGAAGGAGUUUUAUCUCGCAAUUGGGCUGUUUGUGUGUGAGAGUGACUGUACGUGUGCGUGUUCAACGAUGUGAAUGGUCUGUAUUCAAGAAUUUGUGUGCGUGCGUGUGUGCGUAGUCAUGUGUGCCUGCAUGUAUAAUAAAUAUCUACUCCAGAUUUCCCUCCACUAACUAUUAAUCUUGCAAGACACUGUGGUUUGGAGCGCGGAGAAGCUCCCGUGCGGUGCUGGGAGCUGUCCUUCCCGCUCCCAUGCUGCUUGUUUUCCUUCCAGUGGCUUCCAACUGACCUGAUAACAUGCACUUUUGUGGCCUUUUGGGGGCUUGUGCUUUGCAUUUUCUUGUGUGGACAGUUUAAACUUGUACAGUGUAAAAGAACAAAAAGUAUUACUGUAUAUCAAAAUGGUAUUUUGCGCAACUGUUCUUACAGCAGAUAUAUUGUACAGUUUAGAGUUCUCAGUAGCUGUGAGGGAUGUCCAAAUGUUUGUAUAUAAUAUAGAUACUGUAUAUGCAUAUCUGUUUUUUUUUUUGUUUUCUUUUUCUUUAAACCCAUUUAUGAUCAUGGUCUGUAGUUUGCAUCUGCAAAUGAUUGUUUUUGUGCAAUUCUCUUUCCGUUUGUGUGUUGCUGUAAGCUGCCAUGCAAACAUGUGCUAAUAUAAACGCAUUGAAGACGUAGGUUAGUCGUUUUACCAUGUUCAUAACAAAAAAAAAAAAGUGUUUCGCAUCAUUUGGGGUGUUUACAUCGUUUUUUUUUUCCAUGCCUGAUUCAUUUUAGUUCUCCCAGCAACUUGUUCUGAAUCUUACGAGAGAGGUGUUUAAAUGAGAGAGUUCAUGAACUGGAAUCAUCUUUCUGUGACACUGUAAACAUUAUCACGGCCACUUAGAAAAUGUCACAAGUCCUGAAAUUGUUAAGGCGAUCUUUUAUUGUAGACGGGUUAUGGGAAGAAAAUGUAAAUGUGUCCCUUGAAUGUCUGCAAAGUUUCGGUGAAAAUUUGGCAUACAUUUUGCAGCCAGGCGUAAAAUUUCCCUUGAAAACAUUUAUGCUUUUAAUUAUCCAAUAACGAGACAUCAUCCUUACGUGACAUUAAAAACGUGUGCGAUUUCAACUGACGCGCAUAAAGGCUGUUUCCAUGUUCAAAAAAUCGCAUGUAUUGGUACAUGAUGUUCUUGAACGCUCUCAUUUCCCCCGCGGUAUUAUUUUUGAGAGGCCAACUGAUGUGUUGUAGCUUGUUAUAGUUGAUUGAUUUUUUUCAGUCUCCAUUGACGCGUCGCUAACCCAACCUGCUGCUGUGCAAAAAAAAAAAAAAAAAAAAAAAAAAUAUGCUGACUCAUUUUAAAAUUUAUGUUUUCCUGGAAAACACUAAUAGCUUCUUAUGUUUUGCUCUGUUGCAGUAAUAACUGAGGUCCGAAUAACCCAAAUGUGACAUGAACAGGCAACUGGACAAUGAGGAAAAAGAAAUCUCACUUUAUAGAGUCUAUAUAUGUAUUUUUUACCUCUCAUUUCCGUGUCAGUAUGCAAUUCAGUGUCUUUACCCUGUAAACUUGGGAAGGAUGCAGCUUGAUGCAGGCCUCAGUGAAACCGUCUCAGUCAUUAAUGUGUUUGUUUUGUUUCUUUUUUUUUUUUAAACACAAAAGUAAAUAAACUAUUUGCAACUAAAAUUGAA